GUACAUCUAUAUCAGAAAAGUGGAAACUUUCAUUUUCAAAGAAGGUCAUAUAGCUUACAUAAGGGACGACCGCUGGUUAAACCAAUGGUAGUUGUUACUACUACAGGGUACUUUGUGACUGUUUUGGGACCAUACUUUGCCGACUGCAAAAAUAAUGAUGCAGCAAUCCUCAAACAUAUGUUAAACACAAAUGUAGAAGAUAUCAAAGAAUGGGUGCAAGACAAUGAUGUGUUUGUAGUUGAUAGAGGAUUCAGGGACUCAUUGGAGCUUCUUGAUGAUUUGGGGAUAAAGUCACAGAUGCCAAGUUUUUUAACGAAAGGUCAAAAACAGAUGACAACAGAUGAAGCCAAAGCAAGCAGAUUAGUUACUAAGGUCCGAUGGGUAGUAGAGUCUGCUAAUGCAAGAAUCAAGAGAUGGAAGUAUCUGAGCCAUGUUUUACCAAAUAAACAAGUUCCAUAUAUCGGAGAUUAUGUUUGCAUUGUAUGUGGAAUAUCAAAUAAAUAUUUGCCGCCGUUGUCUCCAGGAUGUGAUAAUGAAGAAGCAUUGGCAGCAAAAAUGCUCUAUCUGUCUAAAAGAGUAAAUACACUGAAACAGAGGGUAGAAGAAGAAAAUUUGGAGAGGCGUAAAACAAUUUGGAAAGAGCCUGAUAAUAUUUUAGAUGAUUUUCCACUUCUUGAUGAAGAAGAUCUUAGAAACAUAACGUGCGGUGUCUAUCAAAUAAAGCUUAGCACUAGUUACAUUCAGGAACAUCUAGAAGGCAAUUGUCAAAUUCUUGUUCAUAAAGAGGAUGACCAUUUGAUACGUGUGAAACUUCAGAGCCGUCAUGUUUCUUCAAAAACCUACAUCUUGUGGAUAGAAUACACAUCUGCUGAAAUUACUGCAUGGUACUGUAAAUGCAGAGCAGGAGCUCGUGUCGUUGGAGUAUGUGCACAUAUUGCCUCAAUACUCUGGUAUCUUGGUUAUGCAAGGCAUAAUCAGGAUAUAUCUUAUGGAGUCCAGAAUUGGGGAGCAUAUCUAGAAGAUGCAGCAUCUAUUCCACAAGCCGUAGACGAAAGUGACAGUGAGGAGAGUGUCAUUGAAGAAUAGAAUACUGUAUCAAUCCUUGUUAGGUCUCUGUCUCCUUGACUUUAUCUUAGUAUUCCACACACAAUAUUUGAACACAUUGUACUGGAUUUUUAAUUUUCAAGUAAGCAAGGUUUUUCAAAAAUUCUAAAGUAUUUUAUUGUUGAAUAUAACAUAUUCAUCAGACAUUUCAAGAAGACAAACUAUAGAAUAAAAUAAUAGAUUAUGUAUAUUGAUUGUACUUAUUCAUAGUUUUGAUUAAUACAUAACUUUAAUUGACCUAGAUUACAUUAUCAUCAACUCUACAGUUAAAACAAGUAAAGCCGAAAAAUAAACUUAUCCGCUUUUGACAACUAGAAGUGAGAAUUUUGUCAAUUUUAAUUUUUAAAUAUUUUUUUUUUAAGAACAAUUGCAAGAUAAAAACCUUGGGGAAAAUAUUAAACGUAUCCACUGAACAAUUGAAAUAUAUUCUUAUUAAUUUAAGAGUUGUACAUAUUUUUACGCACUUAAGGUACAAUUAUAGAGACAGCAUAAAUUAUAAAUAAUUUUGUGUGUCAGUAGUCAUUCGUGUAUAAAUAGCAGUUUUAAAAUGAAACUAUCGAUCAUACAUUUUAUUCUGAAUGUUGAUUUUAGAGUCGGCAGGUAAAUCUGCCAGAACGAGCGUGGUGUUUAUGGGUGCAAGUGUGGUACAUUUGUGUAUUAUGUGUUAUAUGAUUAUAUCAUAUGGAAUUAUUAUGUAAUGUCUAUACGAAUUGCUUUCAUUCUUUAUUUUUCCAGGAAAUAAACUCUUUUCAGUUUCAGCGUA